AUGGGUUUUCUCGCCUAUAUCCUUUUCUUCACCACAGUUAUAACGUUUUCAAACCUUCCGGUGGAAGCACAGACAGUAGAAUGUGAUCGACCGCUUGGUCUAAGGGAUGGCGCUAUUAAAAAUAGUCAACUAUUUAGUUCUGGUCCAACUACAUCGGGCGUUGCCGCACAGUACGCUCGAUUAUUUUCCAGUAGUGCAUGGUGUAUAAUGUCUUCGCAAUUCGUUGCCGGUUCGCAUUAUUUGCAAAUCGAUUUUUUACAAGCAGUCAACGUAACAGCUAUCGAAGCUCAAGGUCAAUCAAGAUCAGGAGCAACAUCCUAUUACACUCAAUAUUGUUCAACUGCCGAGACUUCCUCUUGCCAAUUUAUAUUGGAAAACGGAGGCCCCAAGGAAUUUAUAGGCAGGGCUGAUGGAGAAGAAAGUAUUUUAACAAGAUUGCCUAACCGAGUGCUUACUCGUUAUAUACGUAUUUAUCCUUUACAAUUUGUAAACAAUCCUUGUAUGAGAUUAGAAAUUUAUGGUUGCUCAGCGAUUGAUUUUACUCCUGCGCCUGCAACGACAGAUGCGCCAUGCAAUGUAUCACUUGGGAUGAGCGACGCUAGAAUCAAUGAUAGUCAAAUCUAUGGAGAAGGGGAAACUUUUAUCUCAACAACUCCAAAAUUUGCUCGACUGAAACGCGCAAGUGCUUGGUGUAUUCGCCCAAAUUACUUCCAACCUGGAAAAGAUUAUCUUGAAAUAGAUUUAUUAAGAAAUGCAACAUUAACUGCUAUCGCGGCACAAGGUCAAUCCAAUUCCGGAGUAAGCAUGUUUCAAAUGAUGUUCUCUAUUGAUAUACCAGAAAUCUCUUGGAAAAAUUAUACAGCCAUUAAUUCGACGAAGCCGGAGAACUUCGCUGGUGGAAUCACAAGAAGAGAUAUCAAAACCCAUAACCUAAAGGAGGCUUUUCACGCUAGAAGGCUUAGGAUCUACCCAUUGCAAUAUAUAUCAGCGCCUUGUAUGAGAUUAGAACUUUAUGGUUGCCCCUUGUACUAA